GGAGCUGCCUGUCAGGAUCCCUGGUCUCUGAUUGGAGAAUGCGGCUGUCAGUGGAGACGUUGGUGGGAGGGUCACUCUGUGCCGCUUCCGGUUCCGUGUGUGAGGGGAGGUGCAGGACGGAGAUGGGGCAGUGAGCCGGGGACACCCAGCAGCAGGACGGAGGGGGACCGGGACCGGAGCAGGGCCCGAGACACAGGAGGACACCGUGUGCCGGCCAGCCGGCGGGGAGGCACUGUCGAGACAACGUGAGAUAUGGGCCACAGAAAAUUGCGCCUCCUCUGGCGGUUUCUGGUAUUCCUAGUCCUAGCUCUGAAGAUCCUGUCAGCUGCCGAUUUUGACCCCUAUCGCAUCCUGGGUGUGAGCCGCACAGCGAGCCAGGCUGACAUUAAAAAGGCCUAUAAGAAGCUGGCCAGGGAAUGGCAUCCAGACAAAAACAAGAAUCCUGGGGCGGAGGAUAAAUUUAUCCAAGUCAGCAAAGCUUACGAGAUCCUCUCCAACGAGGAGAAAAGGACCAACUAUGACCGGUACGGAGACGUGGGAGAGAACCAGGGUUACACACAGCAACAGCACCACCACUUCCACGACAGCUUCUACUUCGAUGAGUCCUUCUUCCACUUCCCCUUCAACUCGGAACGAAGGGACUCCAUUGACGAGAAGUACCUCCUGCAGUUUUCCCACUACAUCAACGAGGUGGUCCCAGACAGCUUCCGCAAGCCCUACCUCAUCAAGAUCACCUCGGACUGGUGCUUCAGCUGCAUCCACAUUGAGCCGGUGUGGAAGGAGGUGGUCCAGGAGCUGGAGGGGCUGGGUGUCGGUAUCGGAGUGGUGCAUGCUGGGUACGAGAGACGACUUGCUCACCAUCUCGGAGCACACAGCACCCCCUCCAUCCUAGGAGUAAUUAACGGGAAGAUCUCCUUCUUUCACAACGCCGUGCUACGGGAGAACCUCCGACACUUUGUGGAAAGCCUUCUUCCGGGAAAUCUGGUGGACCAGAUAACCGAUAAAAACUACAUUCGGUUCCUAUCCAACUGGCAGCAAGAAAAUAAGCCCCACGUGCUCCUCUUCGAUCAGAUGCCACCCGUACCACUUAUCUACAAGUUGACAGCUUUUGCCUAUAAAGAUUACUUGUCGUUCGGCUACGUGGACCUUGGCCGGAGGGAAACUGAGCAGAUGAGCAGUCAGUACAAUAUUAACAUGUAUGCACCCACCAUGCUGGUCUUCAAAGAGCACGUUAACAAGCCAGCCGACGUGGUGCAGGCGCGGGGGAUGAAGAAGCAGGUUAUCGAUGACUUCAUUUCCACCAACAAAUUCCUCCUAGCAGCCAGGCUGACCAAUCAGAAACUGUUCCAAGAGUUGUGCCCAGUGAGGAAGUCUCACCGUCAGCGCAAGUAUUGUGUUGUUUUGCUAACCGGGGAAGGUGAGCCGUUCCGGAAAACCUACGAGUCCUUCCUGGCGUUCGCCUCGGCCAACACCAAGGACACGGUUAGAUUCGUCCAUGUCUUCAAGGAGCGCCAGAGCGAGCUUUCCGUCGCACUGCUUGGGGAGGAUAUACAGCCGGGACACUCUUCCGUGGCGAUUCUGGAAAGGCGGAACUCUGCCGGCAGAACGGUGUACAACACCCUGGCCAAUAUCUGGAGCGGGAGUGAGGAAAACAAGUUUGCGCUGCUGGACUUCCUGGACCGGCUGAGGAAAGACCCCACUCUGCUAUCUUCCGAAACCAAACUCUUGGAUCUGAAUGACGAGCUGGCGCCUGUGUUUUUCCUGCGCUGGGUAUACACUGCGAUUGACUAUUGGUCUGAUGUGUGGGACAGCGUUCUCCAUAAUAACUGGAGGGAGAUGAUGCCUCUGCUCUCUCUGAUCUUCUCCGCUCUCUUCAUCCUCUUCGGGACAGUCAUUGUGCAGGCGUUUAGUGACUCCAGCGAUGAGCAAAAUUCUGGGUCAUCGGAAAAAGAAGAGCAUAGUGACAAGGAGAAGAGCUCGGAGGCCAAUUACACCAAGGAGAAUACCAGGGUCCCCAAGAAAGGCUUUGUGGAGGUGACUGAGUUAACUGAUGUGAACUAUAUGAGUAACCUGGUCAGGCUGCGUCCUGGCCACCUGAAUGUGGUCCUCAUCCUCUCCAGCGCCACCAAGGCCAGUCUGCUGCAGAGGUUCGCCCAGGAAGUGUACACGUUUACCGGGAGUAGCUCCCUACACUUCUCUUUCCUGAACCUGGACAAGCACCGGGAGUGGCUGGAAUAUCUCCUGGAGUUCGCGCAGGACGCCGCCACCAUCGCGUACCAGUACGACGAACACUUCCUGGAGCGCGAUUACACCGGCUACGUGCUGGCGCUGAACGGACACAAGAAAUACUUCUGCCUCUUCAAAGCGCAGUCUACGCUGGAAGACGAGAAGCUCUCGGAUGAAAUCAGACUGAGCUCCCCCAGUGGCGACACUCUGAGGAAGGUAUCGCUGGGCUCCGGGGCGGGCCACAUUAAAAAGAAAUUAAAUAAACUAUCGCUGUGGAUGGAGCGUCUUUUAGAAGGGUCUUUACAGAGGUUCUAUAUCCCUUCCUGGCCUUCACUGGACUGAAACGAGGACGUUUAGUCCCAUUAAACUGUGAAAGUUAGAGGUUUGUCCUGCCGGAGUGAUCUACGCGCUGUAACGGCGUUCCUGGAAUAUUCUGGGUGGCAAAUACAGACUGCGGGGGGAGGGGGCUCGCUUUGUUGUGUGAAAGGGAGCACUCCCUGGUGACGCCAUUGACUUAUGCCGGAUACUGCCUGCAUUUCUCUUUUAAGUUGUUAUUCAACUGCAUCAAAGCUUUAAGCUGCCUCAUGACUCCACCUGCUGGAGGACACAGGUACUGCCCCUUCCUGUGGCUCCUUACAAUCUUCUCCACUUUAUUCUUUUAGUCUAUUGUCGUGCUACCCCGCAGGGACGCGCCGCAGCUCAUCUCGCUGCGUUGACUCUUGAUUUGAGAACUGAACGCCGUCAUAAACGCUACACCAGGCUGAUAAUUGCUGCACCCCAUCACGUUACACCAUAGAGGCUUUUUUGGGUCAUUAUAGACUAGCAAUAAUAGAGCUGCGGGGUGAUCGCCUCGCAAUUAUUUGGUGGCAGCUAAAUUAUAGCCCCGGGCAAUGUGCUGCCCAUUCAUAGAAAUGACAAUAUUUCUAGGUUUUAACGAUUUAGGAAACUGUGCAAUCAUUACGCCAGACCAUUCUCGUGUCUGUCUUAGAAUGUGUCUAGAUGUCCCAUAGAGAGAGCCUAAUCUAAGGUAAGUGUGCAGCGCCACCUGCUGGGUCCGUGCUACAACUUCUAAACCAUGUUUGCAUCAAGGCCGAAUUCGUCACUUGUGUAUUUAGCGUCAGUUUAUGGUUUUCCUCUCACAGCUGCACUGAGAUCUACGAAAUAUUGUUAUAUUGAAGAUUUACCAGAAUUAUAACGUCAAGAUUUUAGCUUUUUUUUUUUUUCUAUGUACAGCCAUUGAAUGUAGAUUUGGGGUAGGUGGGGACCGUGGUCGGGCUCAGGAUGUGUUAACGGUACACACAGCACCAUGUUUCCUCCUGGGGUUAUUAUAGUCAUUUCUGCUUGUCCGGUUAUCAUUUCAGACUUGGCAUAUUAGCGUAUUUCUUCUUAAAUGCCAACGUUUCUGUCAUGGUGGUAUGAAUGCGAACCUGCCGCACAGUUACCGGGUUGCGGCGCACUGAUCCUAAACCUCUUCAUUACUGCGAGCUGCCUUUGUUUUUCGUUCUGGGCUACAUAAAUGUUUCAGGCAAGAUUCAAUGAUCCAUAAAUAUAAUGUACUUUUUUUUUCAUUAUUGUCCUAGCACUACGGGUGACCGAAUGCAUCGUAUAUUUGGGUAUGUUCCCUGUCGAUGACUGACGCUGUAAUGCUUGAAGCUGCGUAAGCUACUAUCCUCUGUUAUCAGUUGAUUUGAUUGGUUCCAGUGCUUGAAGCUGUGUGCGCUAUUAUUCUCUGUUAUCAGUUUGUUUUUGAAAGCGUCUUUAGCGAUCACACACUUCUCCACUUCUAAUAGUCAGAAAACCUUUGCAUCUAUAUAUUUUUGCAGGCCAGAUAACCACAGGCAGCUAAAAUCCUUCUGCGGGUACCGUACCGUAGUGUAAUUUAUGAUAGAUCUUUGUUCUUACCUGGCUGAUGAUAAGCUGCUACUAGAUAGUUUUUAUAUUGUUAUUUAAUAACUCAUCCAGAGCUGUAGGUUGGCUGGUCAUUGUAGCCAGCGUCCAUCCAUCUGUCCUACUUAUACUGUGCUCUGUGAUAACACAUUAAUGUUCUGUGUUCUCCGUUGUGUAAGCGGUACAAUGCCCGCUUGUCAGUUUUGCAGGGCGACAAAAGAGGUGGCGGAAUGGUUGCACGAUAUUUUCUUACCACUGAAACGGUUAAACUCAUCCCACAAGCUGAAAUCCUCUUAUUCUUACUCUAGAAAACCCCAGAAAUACUGUUAGAUUAUAUCUGGCAGGUCAGUUUUGCACUUUUUUUUUGUAGGAAAAAAGGAAAGAAAAUAACUUAUUUUAAUUUGUAUUUUUUUAAUAUUUAAUUUAUAUUGUCAUUUGUAUUGGGUAUUUUUGUUUUAAGAUAAUUUACUGCAUUGGAAUCUGAAAUAAACUAUUUUACCGUGUGAA